GUCUCUCCGCUCGUCACCGUUAAGAGAAAAUAUUGUUGUAAAUCACGAUCACAGAUCUAUAAUCGUGUAACAUGUUGUAAAUUCCAACAGUGCGCGGCGGAAUGCCCGCGAUUUGGUCACCACUGGUAUGCGGCGCGUAGCGCGGCGGCCGUCGUGGUGUUGGUGGUUGGUCCGUUAGUUCGACGGGCGGGUUGAGUGGGACUGGUGGGAGACAUCACCACAAUAUUAUAGCGGUUCAUGGUACGGAGCGGCAGAAAGGUAGCCGUGUACCUGCGUCCGCGGUCCGCGUUUUCGUACAUGUCGUCGUCAAUCGCUGUUGCCGGUACCCGUUAUUCAUUUUUUUAUUCCUUUUUCCUCAUUUCGUUUUCUCUUCCUAAGAAUUUUUUUUUUUCCAUACCUUUCAGUUCACCACGAGCAGUGCUAUUACUAUUACUACUACUACUACAGUACUAUUACUAUUACUACUACUACUACUACUACUACUACUAUUACUACUACAAAUGCAGUCGGCGCACAACACACGCUCCGUGACCGUACACACACGUAUUACAUAUAUAUCAUAUAUGUAUAAUAUUUUAUUAUACGCACACGUUUAGUCGGGAAGAACCACUCACACUCGCACGCACACGCACAACAAACUUACACAUACGCGCAUGCACGCACGGCCCAUCGUCAGAAUGGUUGGACCGCACAGUGUAUAGGUAUAAUAUAGACCCGUCGUAGCAGCAGCUAUCUUAUUGUUAUUAUUAUUAUUAUUAUUAUUAUUAUUAUUAUUAUUAUAUUGUUCGUGCGGUAGCCCCGAUUAAGAAAAAAAAAUAAUGAUAUUGUUGUCUCGUUGUCGCGUCGAUCAUCGGUGCGUCAUACGUCGGGUGUAGCCGGGGAUUGCGUUCUCGUCGUGUUUCGUUUAAAUGAUACCGCCGCUGUCGCGCUUGCACCAUUAUCGACGACAACAACAACAACAACAACAACCACAACGACGGCGACCAGUCAGCACGGACUCCUCCGAACGUCGCCAUCAGACUCCUGUGUCGCAGUGACCGCCGCUGUCCGAAAUAAUUGAUAAUAACAAUCCGUCGCCGUAUACAUUGUUGUUGAUAUUGCCGUUGACCGUACGACGGGUGUUCAGGUGUGUGUGUAGUGUAGUUUUCGUGCGGUGCGCGCCGCCAGUGACGUCUCUCAACAGUACCUACCGCGCGGCUCGCCGUCGAUAUUUCAUAAUUUCGUCGCCGUAAACUUGAGUUCUAGGUAUUUAAUUAAUCGUUAUCCGCACGGUUUUUGUGCGUCUGUAUGUGGUGAUCACCUCCACCCCCCCCCGUGUAUGUCUGGUGUCGCGUGCGUUCGUAAGAUCGUGUCCCGUCCAGCUCCCGUCUUCGGGCCGGUGACUAAUGUCGACAUCACUACGACUGUUGCGCAAACGUCGUACGAGAAACGUAGAUUUUCAUCGUUUGUCUAGUGACAGUCGCCCGGAAGCGUACAGCCGUCUCUCAGAUGUUCUCUGCUGAACCCUUUGAGUGAUCCGCUGUAGUACAGAGUCAUCCAUCCUUCGGACAAUGUGCAAGUUGUCGCACGUCUGUUGAUCAGCACCCAUCCCGGUCACACACUGUCGAAAACGGCACCAGUCGAACACGAACAAACAUGGAUUUGCGACUUAUAUUGUUAUAGCGAACAUAAAAGUGUCAAAAAGGAGAUGGCAAGAUUGAGCAGUGCAAAUGUAAAACUUGUAUUCUUCUUGUUGACUGUUUUAUUUCCUGUCACCUUAGCUAAAGUUCAAUUUAUAGAUACUUCUCGCUAUGAUACUGUUUAUGCCUGUGAAGGAAAACCUCUUAAAUUGGAAUGUAAAGAUGGUGAAAUCAUUCAUUUGGAUAGGGCUAUAUAUGGUAGAUAUUCUAUUACCGUUUGCAAUGACCACGGUAAUACGGACUGGAGUGUCAAUUGCAUGUCCACAAAUACUUUACCACUACUGCAAGCCAGAUGUAAUGAAAAAAGAAACUGCAGCAUACAAGCAAACACAAGUUUAUUUUCUGAUCCAUGCCCCGGAACUAUGAAGUAUCUUGAGGCACAAUAUCAUUGUGUUCCUGCAUCACUAUCAACUACAACACUCAGACCAAAUCCUCCUUGGUUAAUAACAUCACAACCCAGUGUUUGGAAUGCAGAUAAAUUAUUAACUUUGAAACCUGCUACACCAAUCCCACCAAUUUUGUCUUCACCACAAUUAGAUGAUAUUGUUGGGUCUAGUGUAGACGAAGAGCCUGUAUCAGUUUCUGUGACUACUACUAGUACUAGUACAACUGCUACACCAGAAGUUUCUAUUAUUGUUAAUAAUUAUAAAGAAAAUAAUUCCAAGACUGAUAAUGAACACUUACAAUCAACUGGCGCAAUAACGACUGAAUGGAUUGUACCUACCAGUGAUUUGCCACCACAGUUAAGCAUAAUUGAUGUUGAAGGAAUGGAUGAUAGAUUAUCGUUGUCGUGUGCUCCUGAAACAUCAAGAAGUUUAUUUUGGAAUUGGACUAAAUCAGGAGAAGAAGCUGUACAACCAUGUCCUGGUGGUGCUGCUGGUCUUGCCAGAUGGAGAUGUCAGACUUAUAUUAAAGGUGUAACAUUUAGAUCACCUCCUACACCAGAUCUUUCAGAGUGUCGUUCAGUAUGGUUAUCAAGUUUAGAAGGUAGACUUCAUCAGGGAGAUUCUAUUAUCAGUAUUGCAAAUGAUCUAUCACAGGUGACUGAUAGUAAACCAUUAUAUGGAGGUGAUAUGAUGACUACAACAAAAAUGUUACGAGAUGUUGCUCAAAAAAUGGAAAAGGAUAUGGUUACAUUUCCUGAUAAGCAACAACAGGAGGCUAUGGUUACUGAUUUAUUACAAUGUGUGGUACGGAUUGGCAGCAAUUUGCUUAAUGCUUCUCAAUAUCCUUCAUGGAAGGACCUGACGUUUAGUGAACAAAUGCGUGUUGCAACAAGUUUAUUGAUUGGUCUAGAAGAGAAUUCAUUUCUACUUGCUGACAUAAUGAUGAAGGAAAAGACAAUCACUCAUAGUGUUCAAAAUAUCCUAUUGAGUGUACGGGUUAUUGCUACACAAAAUGUUGACACUGAAGUAUUUCCACAUUCAUAUUCAUCUAAUACAGGAUUCUUCAUGAAUAACACAUGGUUACAAUUGCAUAGAACAGCAUUGCUUGAGAAUAGUGAAGCAGGAUUCAUAAGACUUGUUUACAUAGCAUUUGAUAGUCUAGAAAAUAUUUUACAACCGCAAUCAACCAAUGGUCUUCGAAUAAUAAAUAGUAAAAUAAUAUCAGCAUCCCUUGGUAAAGGAAAACAUAUUCAAUUACAUCAACCAGUAAAAUUAUGUUUUCAACAUCUUCAAAUCGACAAUGUCAGUAAUCCUACUUGUGUAUUUUGGGAUUAUACAGAAAAUGGAUGGUCAGAAGAAGGAUGUUCCGUAAUAUAUUCAAAUCAAACUCAUACAUUAUGCAAAUGUAAUCAUUUGACAAAUUUUGCUAUUUUAAUGGACCUUAAAAAUUCCGGUAGUGAACCUUUAAGCAUUGCAACAAACAAUAUGGUCAUGUACAUAAGUUGUAUAUUUUCUGGAAUUUGUUUUCUUUUGGCCGCAAUUACUCUACAACUAACAGUUAAAUCAAAUCGGACAGUUAUAUUGAAAAAUGUAUUUUUUUGCCUUUUCUUGGUUGAAUGUUUUUUUAUGUUUGGAAUUACACAAGAAAAUAUUGUAUUUAUUUGUACAAUCAUGGCAGCAAUUCUACAUAUUUUAUUGCUGUGUUCAUUUACAUGGACACUAAUUGAAGGUUUCCAUUUAUAUGCUACAUUAAUUGAAGCAUUUGACUCGGAAAAAUUGCAAAUGCGUUUAUAUUAUUUAGUUGGUUAUGGAGUUCCAUUGACAGUGGUUAUUGUAGCUUGUUAUAUGGAUAACACUUAUAUCUACAACACAAAUAAUUCCUUCUGCCUACAAGCAAAUACUAUUAUUAUUUAUAGUAUAAUGUUUGUAGUUUCAGUAAAUCUAGUCUUUCUAUGUCUAUCAUUAUAUAUUAUUAAAAGUAAUUCUUCUAUGAUGUCGGUCAAAUGCAAAGAAAAUGUUAAAAUAACAUCUCUGAAGAUGUGGUUGAAAAGUGCUAUUUUAUUAUUUGUUUUCAUAACAUCAACGUGGACAUUAGCAUUUCUAUACAUAGCAUCAUAUUCAACAUUUAUGUUGUAUAUAUUUUCAGCAGUAAAUUGUUCACAGGGAUUGUUAAUAAUAAUACUUUACUGUAUUAAAAAUAAUUCAGUGUAUAAAGUUUUUUCUGAGUUAACAAUAAUUUCAUUUUUACCGUGGCAAUGCUGCUUAAUAAAUUCUACACCAGAAUUGAAUCUCAAUUAUAAAAAUCAAAGGACUAGUUUGUAUGGUACAUCGGUUGGCCAAAACAGUCAAGGCAGUAUAGCAGAGUCUUCAACACCAAGAUCUUUGUCAUCUCAUAGAAUGAAUACAUUUCACCAACCUCACGAGCGACAUGCUGUAACAAAAGUUGUUGAUAUCCAAAAUGAAAUGGACCUGCCAAAUUUGGAUAAUUCAAUAUGUAAUGAAGAUCCAAAAUCUGGAAUAUGUGGUGCAACGUUACCCUACUCACGUUCUUGCCAAAAAAGUUAUUCUCGUACCAAAUUGCCUAAAAAUUCUGCUGUAUUCAGUAGUGGCACCCUUCAUAAACAGUCAUCUCAGAGUAAACCAAAUAUCCAAGAUAACUGUUUUACACUAAACAAACCUACAUAUGUACAUAGCAGUCGUGGGGCACCCAAUAUAUGUUCACUUCGAUGUAAUACUAUUGGUGAUGGUUUUGUUGACAACAAUUGUUCAUCAAAAAAAUAUAUUGGAGUAAGCGGUGUACGAGCUACUAGUCCAUGGAAUCACACAUACUCUGAAAUUAUGGGGGGUAUAUCUGCAUCUGCCGGACUAGAUGAUCCAGUGUACGAAGAGAUAGAACGAGAACGUGAACGAGAGCGAGAACAGGCUGCUCUUGUGUCUGAUUUGAGCGAUGAAGAUGGUCGACGAAACAGUGACAUGAGUCGCCAGUCAUCAAAGAGCUAUGGAGACCAUAGGCCACUAAUUAUGGCUCCCACACAAAACCCAGAAACUCAUAAUUUCCAUACAGCUCUCAACGCUGCAUUUAGGCAACAGCUUAAGGAACAAACAGCCAGGACAAUUGCUGUUCUGGAUGGGCAAACCGUUGUCUGUCAUUUGCAACCCGAGCAAAAUGAUGUAUUCAACUCUCAGACUAUUCAACAUUAUUCAUACGAAUGUUGAUGGCCUAUAAUGGAGGGUACCUAUUAAUGAUUUUCAUUAUGUAUAAAUUAACUUUUCUACUGCUAAACCUAAACAUGACUUCAUACAAGUUACAUUAAAAUUAAAUAUGAAUGUAUUUAACAUAAAAUUUAAUUAACUAAUAAUUGAUAAACAAAACUUACUUUGAUUUGAUAGUUAUUUCUUCUCUAGUUGAUACAUGAACAAUUUCUAUAUUUCAAACUUAUGAUUCAAAUGAGAUAAAAAGCUCAUAGUUUAUUGGAACUUCUUAACAUUUUUAAUAAUACCUAUUCAGACUAUAAUAUAGAAUAACAUGAGCAUUUUUUGGCAGGUCAUUUAGAUUUUUAGUCUAAAAUUGUUUUUUAAUAACAAACUUGUAUUAAUUUAAAUAUUGAUAUUCCAACAUGAAUUAGCCUAUAAACUAUUCCUUAAAUGUCCAAUCAAUUUGUUUUAAAAUAAAUUAAUUCUAUAGUGGAUUAUUUAAUUAUUUUGGAACAUACGUUAAUAUUAUUAGAGGAAUAAUUUAAAAGAAUCUGUUGUAAUAUCGUCUAGUCCUAUAAACGAAAGCAAUACAUUUAGAUCUUAUUCAAUAACAUAUUUGAUAUUAAACCAUGCAAUAACAAAACCUGCAAUAUAUACUAAGUAUUAAUUAAUUUUAGUUUUUAAUUAGAAAAUAUUUCAUUGACAUAAAAAUUUGAUAUUAUUUUUAUUUACUCAAAUACAAAUAAUAAAUGCAUAAGUUUUUAUGAAUUUGUAUAGUUAUUGUCUUGAAAGUAAAACCAUUAAUUUCAACAUUAUUUUCCUAUAAAUUAAAUUAAUUAUUAAUAAUAUUACAAUUUUUAUAGAGUUAUAUAUACAGAAUUUAUAUACCCAUGGUAACUAAAACAAUUGUAUAUUUAUUAAAUACAUGUAUAACUGAACACUAAAAAUUUUUCCCAACAUUGAAUACUAAUUCAUAGUAAAAUUUUAAAACAUAGUAUUAAACUAUUCAUUAAUUAGUAUAAUAUUUAUAUAAUUUAGAGGACAUGAAUUCAAAUCAUUUAAUUUCCAACAAUCAAAAUAUUUAUUAUUAUUAUUAUUAUUAUUAUUAUUAUUAUUAUUUAUUAUUAAUACAUAUUGCAUUUUUAUUCAUUGAAAAUAUCAAAUACAACGGUUAACUCAAAUAGUUGUAUAGUAAUUAUAGUAACAACUACAUUUAUGGAACAAAUUAGUUUGUUAAUUAUUUUCUGAGGAUUUCAAUCUAUUUUCACAAUGCUGUUAACAAAGUAGAAAUUAAUUUUAUUGUUUACUGAAAUGUCUUUAAUUUCUUAUAGGGGUUUAUUUAUUUUUUUAAUUACUUUCAUCCUAUAACUAUUAUUGUUAGUAAUUAUUUACCUAUUAUGUUUAUUUCUGAAAUACAUUAUUUUUUUAGAUUCUUUAUCAAUUUUAUUUUUAAACUGAUAUAAAAUAAAAUCUACAUUUUUAGCUUACAAUUUAAUUUAACCUACUAUUUAAACAUAUAUUUCAUUAUUUGCUGCUUUAAACGUUCCUAAAUAGAUUUAUUCUUCUCCGAUGCAUUGUGAAUUUUAAUAUUUUAUUGUCUAUAUUUUCAUUGAGACUGAUUAUUGAGAGUUGAGACUGGCUUUUCAGUUUGUAUGUUUUAUCAUCAAAUAGUCGUAUGAACAUUUCCAUUUUUAAAAUAUUUAUGUACAAAGUUAUCAUUGAGUUAUUCUGCAGAUAUUGACAAAUUGUAAUAUUAACUAGUUAAUUAAUUUUGAAUUAAAAAAAUAGAAUUCUACUUAAUUUAUCACCUCUUAAAACAUGAUCCUCCAUUAGUAGUUUAAUUUUAUUCUCAAGGUAUUUAAAAUUAUUGAAAAUAUAUGCUUAUAACCUCUCUAGGAUUUUAAUUAUAAUUAAAUGUUAGUAUGAGAUCUUCUAAAUAUUACAAUAUAAAUAAAUAAUAAUAGUAAUAAUAAUUAAAACAAAUUAUUAGUAAUAUUUUAGCUUACAUUUACCUGGUAUUUAUUAUUUGUCCAAUGAUGAGAUUUUGAAAUUUUUGACAGUUGGUAUAAAAUGGAGGGAUACAUUUGGUAUAGUACAUCAUAUUUAUGAUACCAUUUCAGUUCUGAGAAGUUAUAAAAUCUGUAGAUAGAGAAUAAUUUUCCCUUUCUCAUAAAAUUGUAUUAGGAGAUAUUUUGUACUGAUGUCAUAAUUUUAAUUUAAUUUAAUUGUUUUCAUAAAUAAUAAAACAAUUUGAAUUAAGUACGUACUUAAUUAAAUCCCAAAUUGUUGUGUUCUUUCAAUAUAUAAUUACUUUUAUUACUUUUAAAAUUUAACUGUUAAUUGAUAACUAUUUUCAUAGCAGAAUAAGCGAUGUAGCUCAUGAAUAUAUAAAGAGAAGUUGACAACAACUUAAUGCAAUAUUACUCAGAUUUAUUUAUGCUUUAAUAUAAUACAUACAGUUUUACUUUUAGUACGUUCAUAGUAGACAAAUUAUGUUGGAAUUUUUAUUUAUCACGCCUUAGAUGUUAUCAAAGUAAAUCAUUUACGUUAUAUAUUUACAUACAUUUUUUUUAUUGUAUAAAACGCAUAAGUUGUGUUUGAUUAAUAUUAUUAAAAUCAAAACUUAAGUAUGUUUAUUUGUUAAAAUGUUAUAGUUUUAAAAUGCUUAUGAUCAUGUUAAAUCUCUUUAAAAGAAUCGAUUAACAUUCUCCCAAUCCUUACUACUUGAUUACUUUAUGAUUAACUAUAAGAAUAUAUUAUAUUAUUUAAUAUAUUAUAGUCUGUAUUUGAUUAGUUAUCGUUUACUCUUAUAAAUUAUGUUAUUUUUAUAUAAUAAGUAAAGACAUGUCCAAUAAUGUACUUUAAAAUUUAAUAUAGCUUGUUAUCUAUCAUGUUUUAUAUUUCAUUUGAAAUAUCAACAUUUGGUCUUUAAGAACAGAAUACAUUGUUUAUGUAAUUAUGAUUUAUGUAUUGUUAAAUAACUGCAUUUGUGUGACUUGACAUUUUCAAAAUUGAAUUUUUAUUUUAUUUUGUUGUAUAUCUUAUGUGUAUCAAUUAUUAUUAUUUAUUUUAUUUUUUAUCAAUUUUUAUAUAUGCCAUAAAUUCAGUAUAGGGUGUUUUUAUAAUUUAUAGUUUUCAACAAUGUAAUCAUUGAAAUAGUUACAAAGAGCCAAAAUGUUAUUGGUAAAUUGUUAUAAUAUAGGUAUUGAAAUCAAUGAAUUUAAUGAAACUUUUCAAACUGUUUAAUACCCAUUUUAAUUAUUGAAGUAUGCAGGUCGUAAUACACUUAAUGUCUAUGAUAUAUAUACAUAAUAAUUAAUACUUUGUAGCUCAUGUUGGUUAAAUGGUUUAUGUAGUUGUAUAUAGGUUAACUUUGAAUAUAAUGAGUAAUAGGUAUCCUUAUUACAAUAGGUUUGUCAUUAUACAUGAUUGACGUAUGCUGUGAUCAUAUACAUUAGUAUUAUAUUAAUAUUAUUAACGUGUAAAAAUUGUACUAUAAAUUAUAUAAUUAGUUUUAAAAAUAAAUCCAAUUAAUUUUGUAUUCAGCCCUCUCAUUUUUAUACUCGUUCUUUUUAUUUUACGCAAAAAAUACAGUAAUGUGUAUAUAAUGUAAAUCAAAAAUGUAUACAGUUAUAGAAUAUAAGGUUCCUUUUUGUUUCUUUUUAUUUGUAUUAUUUGUGUCUUAAUAUUUCAGAUUUAAAUACAUGAACAUGACUUCGAUCA